AUGGCGGCGGAGGAGGCUCCGUCUCUGACGGCGCUGCUCUGCUCCGUCCUCCGCCCGGACCCUCCGCCGCUGUUCGCCGGGCAGGUGUUCGAGCUGUACCGGCUCCAGACGGCGCUCCUGCGGCAGCGGAGGGUCCGGGAGAUGAUGGAGCGGGACCGGCGGCGGCGGCAGUACCUGCGGAGGAGGCGAGCCUUCCUGCUGUCGUCCAUCGCCGCCAUCCUGAGUCUCAUCACCUCCACCAACCGGCCCGUCUGGGUCCGGAACCGAGACGCCGGACAGAACUUCUGGGCGACGGCAGAGUCGUUCGACGAGGACCAGUGGAAGGCGCAGUUCCGCGUCUCCAGAGCGACGUUCGACUACCUGGUGGAGCUGAUCGGUCCGGCCAUCAAGCGCCGCCGGACCAACUACCGGGUCCCCAUCGAGCCGCGCCGCCGGCUGGCCAUCACCCUGUGGUGGUUCGCCCGCUCCGGGGAGUACCGCUCUAUCGCCGACAUGUUCGGGGUGGGCAUCGCCACCGUGUGCAUCAUCGUGCGGCAGGUGACCGUGGCCAUCGUGGAGCGGCUCUACCGGCGCUUCGUGUCGCUGCCGAGCGGCCAGCGGCUGGACGACACCAUCCGAGCCUUCAAGGAGCGCUGCUGCCCGCAGUGCGCCGGAGCCAUCGGCGGGACGCACAUCCCCAUCGCCCCGCCGAGGGACAACCCGGAGCACUACGUGAACAAGCGGGGCUGGCACUCCGUGAUCCUGCAGGCGGUGGUGGACCACGACGUCUGCUUCACAGACGUUUACGCCGGCUGGCCUGGAAGCACCAGCAGCGCCACAGUCCUGUCCAGCUCUGACCUUUACCUGAAGGCCGAGGACCGACCCGACGGCUACCUGUUCCCCAGAGAGGUGAGUGGGCGGAGCCUCGCACACCUGGGAGACAAAGCAGCAGGUGUUUACUCACCUGGAGGCUUUAUCCCCUAA